UUUCUCCGCCUAUCAGGACGCAGCAGCGCAGCCAUCAGUUCUCUGUGCUCGCUGCAGCGGCGGAGAGUGAGGACGCAGCUUCGCUUACACACAGCCACUCUAAGAUCCUGCAACAUGUCCAUCCUGAAGAUCCACGCUCGUGAGAUUUUUGACUCACGUGGAAACCCCACGGUUGAGGUUGAUCUCUACACUAAGAAAGGUCUCUUCAGAGCUGCAGUGCCCAGCGGUGCUUCCACUGGUAUCUAUGAGGCCCUCGAGCUCCGUGACAAUGACAAGACCCGUUAUUUGGGCAAAGGUGUCUCAAAAGCUGUUGAGCAUAUCAAUAAAACAAUUGCACCUGCCCUGGUUAGCCAGAGCGUGUCUGUCCUGGAGCAGGAGAAGAUUGACAAGCUGAUGCUUGAUAUGGAUGGCACAGACAACAAAUCAAAGUUCGGUGCCAAUGCCAUCCUGGGUGUGUCCCUGGCUGUGUGCAAGGCUGGAGCUGCAGAGAAAGGCGUCCCACUCUACCGCCACAUCGCUGACCUUGCUGGAAACCCAGAGGUCAUCCUCCCAGUCCCUGCUUUCAACGUUAUCAACGGUGGUUCUCAUGCUGGCAACAAGCUGGCCAUGCAGGAGUUCAUGAUCCUGCCUGUUGGGGCCAGCAGCUUCAAAGAGGCCAUGCGCGUUGGCGCUGAGGUCUACCACAACCUGAAGAACGUUAUCAAGGAGAAGUAUGGCAAGGACGCCACCAAUGUGGGAGACGAGGGUGGCUUUGCUCCCAACAUCCUGGAGAACAAAGAGGCUCUUGAGCUGCUGAAGACAGCCAUCAGCAAGGCUGGCUACACUGACAAAAUUGUGAUCGGCAUGGAUGUGGCUGCAUCUGAGUUCUACAAGGGCGGCAAGUACGACCUGGACUUCAAGUCACCUGAUGACCCCAGCCGUUACAUCUCUCCUGACCAGCUGGCUGACCUCUACAAGAGCUUUGUGAAGGAUUAUCCAGUUGUCUCCAUUGAGGAUCCCUUUGACCAGGAUGACUGGGACGCCUGGUCCAAGUUCACCGCCAGCACAAGCAUCCAGGUGGUGGGUGAUGACCUGACUGUGACCAACCCCAAGCGCAUUGCUAAGGCCGUGUCAGACAAGGCCUGCAACUGCCUGUUGCUCAAGGUCAACCAGAUCGGCUCUGUCACAGAGUCCCUGCAGGCUUGCAAGCUUGCACAGUCCAAUGGCUGGGGUGUGAUGGUCAGCCAUCGCUCCGGAGAGACUGAAGACACCUUCAUUGCUGACCUGGUGGUUGGCCUCUGCACUGGCCAGAUCAAGACUGGCGCCCCCUGCCGAUCAGAGCGUCUGGCCAAGUACAAUCAACUGCUAAGGAUUGAGGAGGAGCUUGGAGACAAGGCCCGCUUUGCCGGCAAGAACUUCAGGAAGCCCAUCUGAGGAGCAGGCCUUUCUUGGGCCUUUGUGUCUGUAACAUACUCGCACUCCCACACAUAGAGCCACGCAACGUCACCCUCUCCAGAACGGAGGGAGGUUGGAAAGGCAUUGAAACUCAAGGUCCAAGUCUGUAGGCUAUGGCACACUACUUCUGUGCCAACACGUACUCCCAUCUUCUAUGCUUUGGCACCCCAAAUAGCACUGAUCCUUUAAUUAUGUCUGUGUUUCUGUAAGAGAUCUUUGUUUUGCUUCUCGUGAGUUGUAGUGAAACUGGUCCUCUGUUGAGUGUUUUUAGUAAACAACCAUGUUGUUCAGUAUGCUGCGGUGUGUAGCCCAGAGUAUGUGCAUUGUGUUGCCUUUGAAAAGCUGUAGUGUUGCUGUAAAGCGUGGCAUACCAACAAAUAAACUAUACUCAAGUGGAAGAGUGUUACAGUG